AUGCCUAGUUCCAAGUCGGACAGUGGGGAUCCAACGCCGGUGCAGCACCUAGCUAAUGAAUCGAUGCAGUCCUCAGCAACGUUAAGUGCCAGUGCCUGGGCUUCGGCGGUGAAACGUUUUGAAGGCCCAAAAUCGAGUGGAAAUAGUGCACCCACCGACGGCGGGAAACCCCGACACAAGGAAUCUAUGUUUGCUGUUAAACAGGCGACAGCACCUGAGACGAUGGACCCAAUAAUGAGACGGCUCGAGCUCCGCUACGAACCGUUGCCGGCGGAGAGGCAGUAUUCAGUUCAGUCGUCUUCACGAAAGCAACGCGGGGAACAACGAUCCGAUGUUGUUGACGUUUCGAUGCAAGCAGUGCAGGAUGAAACUGUAGCGCUGCUAACCAGGCACCUUCCCUGCAUCCCGUCUACAUUACCGGAUGUGACAGAAUGGAAAGAGGCAACCAAGUCGCAAAAUGAACCUGUACUUGACGACCGCAUCACCGCACAGACGAUCCACAGGUUGCUGUGCAAAGGUCAUUUUCGCGACCGCAAACGACAGCUACUGAAAUGCCGUUCCAAGCAAGCGAUAGAGGAGUUCGACGAACUGUUACCUAGCAACGCAGUUAAUGCGCUUUCCAAGCAAGUGAGUCGCUUAGAGCCGCCUUUUGUGGAAAAGAUGAUGGAAGCUAAGAUGUACUGUAAGCAGCAGAAAAACGAUGAAUCAACACCGCGGGAGGUGCACCCCGCUUCGUGCGAGGGUACCCCAUUUUCGCGGGCCCCGCCGGGUUAUUACCACUCCCAUCUUUCGGCACCACCACCCUCUCGAUGUAGUUUUACGGCAAGCCCGAAGGGGGACUUGUCACCACUGCAAAAGCAGGCAUUACCCGGGAUACUCACUGCAUCGGAGGAUAAUUUUUCCGCGAAAAUUCCUGCAUCUGUGACACUAACGCUCUCCACCGCCGCAGGUGAUGAUCAGAGUAUCGUUGACCAGGUGGUUGCUUACGCUGCGUCCAAACGUCGUCCCAGUGUUGCAGUGGUUGGUGGUGACCUUAUUGAAACUAACACCCAAGGAGACCCGUAUGGACACGGUUGUGACCUUAAACUGCACCCGUCCCACAAACCCGUGUUCUCUGCACUAGAUGCCGUGCUUUCCGUGAGCAAAGAAUAUGAGAAGGUUCAGCAGCAGUGGCCGGGGAGAAGCGCUUCCCGAAUAAGUGCGGCGCGCCGCGGCAUAACGGAGCGCAUCACAUCACUUCAUUCGUCUCGCAUUCCACCAGAGUUUUGGGUUUCUAUUCACCAACCAACACUUCCGGGUACUAGGCUUCUUCAGCACCCACACUUGGCAAAACGGGAACCAAGCAGCAGCGUGCCAGAGAAGACGCUGAUGUUUCCUGCAGCCAAUGCAACGGGCAGAGCGCAGGUUUAUCUGCUUGCUGAUACCCUGGACCGUAUGCUUGAGGAAGGGUCGGGGGAUCUUGAGGUGCUUGCAGACAAGGAACUUGCGCUCCUGCUGAUCCCAGAAGAGCUAGACGACGGCAAACCUGCCGGCUUAGGGGCUGUUGGCUCCUCAGAGAAGUUCACCAAUGUAUGUCCACUUAAGUCUUCUGACGAUGCACAUGCGCAGUACAUUCAGUCUGCGGAAAGGGUUAUGAAAACAAUCGAUAUAGGGCUCGCCGAAUUAUCUCGGCAAGUGGGAAGCUUCUGCAUAGAGCGCGGUGCGCUUCUUGAUUCCCUCCGAAUUGUUAUUAACGACCUUUCAUCGAGCUGCUUCGCAUUAGUGAGCUACUGUAAGGAUCGCGCACGUCAAGAGCUUAUGAUGCGGCGUGAACUUGCUUCUGCCUCAAGCAAGGAUGUGGAAAUGGUCUUUGAGCUUCGGGAGCAGUUGAAAAAAGCUCAAAGUGAGGUACAAGCGUUGCGAGAAGUAAACAAUGAAUAUGUAAAGAAGGCCCAAAAAUAUGAUACAUUGAUUGAGCGGUUGAUGCUAAAGGAUAGCAUGUUUUACAAGCACUCGGCGGACCUACAUUUAAGCAUGCUUAUGGAACUAGAGGAAAGCUACACUGAGUCGACAAAUAAAGGAAUGGACGCGCUGUACCACCACACUUCGACAAAUGCAGCAGAACCCAAAGUAGCUGAGGCACCCAUAAUUCGCUUAGCGACUAUGAAGCAGAAGGAACAUCAGGAAGCGGAGAAAAAAGUAUAUGAAGAGUCGUAUCGUCUAAUCAGCGUCUUGUCUAAAACCAUGGAUACCGUUGAGAAGGUCUGCCAACCGUUAUACGACCACGUUGAUUUGCCGAAACACAGGUCCACUGUCAAUGUUGCCUCGUCAAAGUGGGCGAUGAUAGCUUCCGCCGUUGGUUCUUACGAGGUAGAAAAGAAACAUCGCCGGCGUGUUUUUGAUGUAUUCGCCGAGUGGAAUUCCUUACAGGAGCCCGUUCCUGCUUCAGCAUUGCCUGACGAUAAAUUGAAAGAUGAUGAAGUGGAGAACAAAAGUCACGCCGUCGAAUCCCAUGCUUAUUCAUAUUCCACCACCCCCAGAGGUUUGGAAAAUACUCAUAACGCUGACGCGCAAGAGGGGACCUUCACUACCGAUGUGGUUACGGCGUCGCAAUGCACAGAAGUCGGACAACCUUCUUCAGCAGCGACCCGGCGGAUGCGGCCCAUCACUAAGGAGGAUCUGGUUGCUAUGGAUGUGAAGGACUGCACUGCUGAGGAAAUAAAUGCGCUUUACGCUGAAGAUUUUGACAUGGCCGCGUACCUGCACCCCGAAUGGAACCCCCCAACCGACGUUGAACUGACUCCGAUGGUUCUGCGGGAUAUGAUUCAUGAUGUUACGGAAUCGCUUAUGCAUAUUGCGCUUCGCAUGCAAGCCCUUUCCACGAGCAGCUUCAUCGAGCAGUGUUUGAAACCGCCGGCGAUGCCACCCGCACACCCCGAAGAGCCAUGUUCGCUGUGUGGGAGGAAGGACCGAAGUGCUAUCGGCAAAAAGAACAGGGGCGAGGCAUUACAGAAGGUGGCGAAUGAGGUCCAGCGACGUUAUGAAAUGCUCGGGCAGAAGUGUCAACGAGCUGAGGCCGAGCGGGAGAGGCUUCGCAAAGAGCUUCAGAUGCAGCAGGCACAUGAGUGUAGAUUAGCACGGGAGUUUGGUAUGCGGGAGGAAGAACUAAAGAAGGCAAAUGCAGAGCUUGCUGAGGAGAAUAAUCGCAGGGGCCGGCGCAGGCGGUCGCAGAUAAACACUCACGAGAGGCCACGAAGUUCUUUCAUGCGUUCGUCGGUGUUGUCCGAGAUGCUUAAUUUAUCUGGCAGCAUAGACGAUGCCCCAGUGCCUGGGGAGGAAGAAAAGUAA